AUGGCGACGCAAGACGCACCACAGCAGCAGGCCCCCAUGGAAGCUUCCGCUGAUGAGGUCAUCAGCAGCCAGCCUACUGCCGAGCCGCAGCCCGAUGUCGAGCUGGGACUUCGUGGAGGAGAAGAGGCCGGUUGUGAACUUUGCUGCGGCCUCUGCGGCUGUGAGGAGUCCUGCUGUUAA